AUGUCCGAUAUCCUCCCCAAAGAAACGCCCAUUCCAGCGGCUCACGAGUACUUCGAUCUCGGCUCCUUCUCUCGUCCGGUCACGACCCAAAACCCUGACGCCCAGAUAUGGUUCAACCGGGGCCUCAUCUGGGCCUACGCCUUCAACCAUGAAGAAGCCGCCUUCUGCUUCCGACAGACGAUUGCGCACGAUCCCACCUGUGUGAUGGGCUAUUGGGGCGCUGCCUACGCCACCGGUCCGAACUAUAACAAGAAAUGGGCGGCAUUCGACCCAGACGACCUGGGCCGGUCAAUUCGAAAGUGCCAUCUUCUCGCCCAGGCCGCGGAGCCACAUCUCGCUCGCGCAUUACCCGUAGAGAGAGCACUGCUCAAAGCUGUACAGAAACGCUUCCCAAGCGACGAGAACACGAGAGAAUUUGGCCCCUUCAACAAAGCCUACGCGGCGGCCAUGAAGCCCGUCUAUGAACAGUUUGGCAAGGAUGACUUGGAUAUUCUCGCUCUGUACGCCGACGCGCUGAUGAAUAUGAGCCCCUGGGGCUUGUACGACGCUCUCACAGGGAAGCCGAAUCUGAACACCGCAGUGGUCGAAGUUAAAGCCGUGCUGGAGCGAGGCCUUACAUUUCCUGCGUCAAAAAAGCACCCCGGCAUUCUCCACAUGUAUAUUCACCUCAUGGAAAUGUCAGACACCCCCGAAGCGGCCCUGGUCCCGGCAGAUCAUCUCCGCGAUCUCGCUCCCGAGGCCGGGCAUAUGCCUCACAUGCCGUCGCACUUGGACGUCCUUAUCGGUGACUACCGCCGUGCGAUCGACGGUAACAUGAAAGCAUCCAUCGCCGACGAUAAAUUCUUCGCCCGUCGCGGGGGAAAGAACUUUUACAGUGUUUAUCGCCUCCAUGUCUACCACUCCCUGAUCUACGCGGCGAUGCUCGCCGGACAGUCGCAGGUCGCCCUGGAGUCUACCGACCGCAUGGAAGCCACAAUUACAGAGGAGUUGCUGCGCAUGAAAUCGCCCCCGAUGAUCGAGUGGAUGGAGUUCUUCUUAUCCCUGCGAGUGCAUGUGCUCAUCCGGUUCGGCCGCUGGGAGGAACUGAAGCGGCUCACCGUCCCGGAAGACAAAGUCCUCUACUCGGUGACUGUCGCAAUAACGCACUAUGGAAAAGCCAUUGCCUGGGCUGCGACUGGGAAUCUGGAGGAGGCUGAUCGAGAGCGAGAGCUCUAUCACGCUGCGAGCAAGCGUGUUCCGCCGACACGUGUCGACUUUCCAAAUAAAAUCGUCGACACGCUGAAGGUCGCCACAGCCAUGGUCGACGGCGAGGUCGAAUACCGCCGAGGAAACUAUGAUGUAGCCUUUGCUAGGCUCCGCCAGGCCGUGCAUGAGGAAGACAACUUGCUGUACUCGGAACCGUGGGGGUGGAUGCUGCCCGCGCGACAUGCCUACGCGGCGCUGCUGCUUGAACAAGGCCAUGUGGCCGAGGCCGCAGAAGUGUAUGCCGAGGAUCUGGGGUUUUCUGAUAAACUUGCGAAUGAUUCAACCGCAGCUGAAGGUAGCGUUGGCCGUGGCGGAUGUCCCAAUCCAGUCGUCUUGCUUCUGUAG